CUUUGUUCUGUCUCUAUAUAUACCCUCAUCUACAAAAUCUAGGGUAUAAAAGGCCCCAAAUUUCUUCGCUCGCAAAAAGCUACGGAGCCAACAUCUUGAUUUCCGAAGAAGAAUGGCAACAUUCGAACUCUAUCGCAGAUCGACGAUCGGAAUGUGUUUGACUGAAACUUUGGAUGAAAUGGUCCAGAACGGUACUCUUAGUCCUGAGCUUGCUAUUCAGGUUCUUGUCCAGUUCGAUAAGUCCAUGACUGAGGCUUUGGAAUCACAGGUGAAAAGCAAGGUGACUAUCAAGGGGCAUUUGCACACCUAUCGGUUCUGCGACAAUGUUUGGACAUUCAUUUUGCAAGAUGCAACAUUUAAGAACGAGGAUUCCUCAGAGAGUGUUGGGAGAAUUAAAAUAGUAGCUUGUGACUCAAAGUUACUCUCGCAAUAAGCUUCUAGACAUGAAGUUCUUUAGAUAAAAUUUGCAUAAUUAUUGCCAAUGAUGGAGGGAAAAAUAGUCAUGGUGAGGAAAAGGCCAUUCAGGAAGAGAUUCAAACGUGAUUUUGUAAAGUCAUCGACUUGAACAGCAAAAAGAAUUACACCGAUGAUACAUUUGACUGUAAUUGGCUUUUAAAGCUGAUUACAUAACAAUUAUACGACCCUUCUAGUUUAAUGAUAAUAAAAUUUGAUAUCUGUUUUAAUAUUAUGCUAUUAA